CCGCUGGGCCCCCAAUUGGUAGUGAGCCCCUAUCAGCAUUUCUCGGGGCGGUGUGUACUGCCCCCCCCCGGCGGUGUCACACUCACCUGGGCUCGGGGGAGCCUAUAGAGAGCGCGGCCCGGUGUGUGCGGCCUCCAUACUUGUCCCGGGCUGCUGCAUUGUGGGAGUCUGACCUCACUACCCGCCGACAUGGGAGCCGUCACCGACGAUGAAGUUAUUCGUAAACGUCUUUUAAUUGACGGGGAUGGCGCCGGUGAUGACAGAAGAAUUAAUCUGUUGGUGAAAAGUUUUAUAAAAUGGUGCAAUUCUGGAUCACAGGAAGAUGGGUACACCCAGUACCAGCGGAUGUUAAGCACCUUGUCCCAGUCUUCAUUCUCCAUGGGAAAAACUCUCCUCGUGCAUGACAUGAACCUGCGUGAAAUGGAGAACUAUGAGAAGAUCUACAGUGACAUUGAAAGCAGUAUUGCAGCAGCGCAUGAGAAAAUAGCUGAAUGCAAGAAACAGAUUUUACAGGCCAAGCGGAUCCGAAAGAAUCGUCAAGAGUAUGAUGCAUUAGCCAAAGUGAUAGAGAAUCACCCAGAUCGCCAUGAGACAUUAAAGCAACUGGAAGCAUUGGACAAGGAGCUGAAGCAACUUUCUCACACCAAGGAGAGUGUUGAAGACAAGCUGGAGUUGAGAAGAAAACAGUUCCACGUCCUCCUCAGCACCAUUCAUGAGCUCCAGCAAACUCUAGAAAAUGAUGAGAAAUUGGCUGAAGAAUCUCAAGAUGCACAGAUGGAAACUCAAUAGACAGACAUCUUGUUUUGUUAGAUUUUCUGUAUAC